AUGGGUAAAGGAAGACACAGAGAUGCAUUUGAAAGUUUGAGUCAACUACGUCGUGAACGGAUUGCGGCAGCAAGAGAUUGCUUCUAUCAAUACGUUUUACUUCAAGAAGAAGGCAGUUACGAGAUUCCAACUUGGAAAAGAAUUAUCCAAAUGUUCACCAUUAGGAGAAAUAGAAAUGCUGUUAUUGGGUCAUGGAUCGUCAUGUUUAUGCAGCAAUGUAUGUAUACUAUCACACACCCACCCAUUCAUUUUCUCAUACGUUGAGAAAAAGAACAAAAGAGGGAGAUUAUACUAACAAUGUUAAUUUUUCUAGUCUGUGGAAUCAAUGUCAUUGCAUACUAUAGUAGUACCAUAUUCAAGCAAGCGGGUUUCAGUGAAGUUUCGGCUUUGUUAGCAUCCUGGGGUUUUGGAAUGGUGAAUUUCUUGUUUGCCAUUCCUGCCAUCCUCACAAUUGACACGUUUGGAAGACGUAACCUUUUGUUGUUUGCUUUCCCAUUAAUGUGUGCAUUCUUGUUGGUCACCGGUUUUGGCUUUUUAAUUCACGAUAGACAGGGCCAGCUCGCCAUGGUGGCCGUAGGGAUCUACUUGUUCUCGUGUGUUUACAGUACAUCUGAGGGACCCGUUCCAUUUACAUACUCGGGAGAAGCAUUCCCGCUUUACAUUCGUGACUUGGGACUUUCGUGGGCCACUGCGACUUGCUGGUUUUUCAACUUUAUCUUGGCAUUCACUUGGCCCAAAAUGUUGGACUCGAUGACUCCCACGGGAGCAUUUGGCUUUUAUGCCGCCUGGAAUGCCAUUGGUUUCUUCCUCGUGUUGUGGUUCUUGCCCGAAACCAAGAGUUUGACCUUGGAAGAGUUGGACGAUAUCUUUUCGGUGCCCAUGUAUGAGCACGCGGUUUACCGUACAAGAACCUUUUUCAAUGGAAUUCAGAGACAUGUGCUUCGUCGCAAGGAUGUUAAGGAUCCACCUCCCAUUUAUACACAUCAAAGAAUGGCAGUUACGAAUCCUGAAUGGAACGAUAAGGCCGAAGUUGACCAUGUUGAAUAA